AUGAAUGCAUUGGGCCCUCCAUUGUUCCCAAACUUUGGGUCGGCGUCAAAGGUAGAGUACGAGAGCUACAAAGUCGUCGGAGAUAACCAUAACAUCGGCACGUUUUUUGAUUUUCCGGAACCAAAGACAUAUGGAGUGGUUCAUAAUCAGACCAGCUUAAGGGUUUCAGUUUCGUCAGAGGGAAAUGGAAUAAACAACAACUCGGUCGUGAUCAAGAAGCUAAAACACAAUGCUAAUGAGCGGAACCGUCGCAAGAAAACUAACUCUUUGUUCUCUUCUCUUCGCUCAUGUCUUCCAAGGUCAGAUAAACCGAAGAAGCUAAGUAUUCCUCAGACGGUUUCACGGAGCGUUGAGUAUAUACCGAAGCUUGAAGAGGAAGUGAAGACGCUAAAACAAAAGAAAGAUGACUUAUUGGUGAGAAUAUUGGGUCAGAGAGAAACUUACGUUAAGCCGCAAGCAAAGGUGGUUGCUAGUUAUUUCUCAACCGUUUUUGCGACUAAGCUUAGAGACAACGAAAUUAUGGUCCAAAUCUCAUCGUCCAAGAUUCAUAAUUUUUCUAUAUAUAAUGUGCUGAGUGGAUUAGAAGAAGAUGGGUUUGUUCUCGUGGAUGUUUCAUCGUCGAGUUCUCGGGGAGAACGAGUCUUCUAUACUUUGCAUCUUCAAGGGAACAAGAAUGAUAAUUACAAACUAAUCUGCAAAGAGUUAAGUCAAAGGAUUUUGUACUUGUACGAGGAAUGUGGAUACUCGUUUAAGUGAAAGUUUGUUCUUGUUUCGUUUGUGUCGUCCUUCACUAUAGAUGAUUUGUCAUUUUAGAGCGUCGAGUUGUUUCUGUUUUUAGUCGAAGC